GAAAGGGCUGAAGAUGUUAAGAUAUGCGUAAUGUAAGAAGGUGUGAAAGGGGAUGAUUAUUGAGAUACAUAGGGACAAAGUAAAAGUUUUAAGUCAUUGACAGCAUGGAAUAAUUUUUUGAGAUGGUUCAGUCAUGUUGAAAUUAUGGAAAAGUAUACUAGAUCGCUGAGCAGUGUGAUAAUACGGAAGUGUUAGGAUGAAGAAGGAGGAGAAAUCUAAAAGAGUGCUGGAUAGAUAGUGUAGGAAAGGCAUCGGAAAGUAAAUUCAAGAAAGGAGCGAAGUUCUAAUGUAUGCAAAGAGUUCGACUAGUUGCUGAUGAACCUGUGUGGAACUGUUAACAUUUGAGAAAGUUUUCUUCACAGGUUUCAUUUACGAUUCAGCAGUUUGAAGUACAAAUUAAUGACCACUGUCUUGUUUUGUCUCAAGGCGCUCUCAUUUAGCUGACGAGGCUUAAUAUUGUAAUAAAAAAUCGUUAUUUUGAGUGAAAAAAAAUAGAAGGAAGAAAUGAGACACCUAAGGGCCAAUAACCCGUCUGAUUCGAUAAAAGUCAAAAGUAUCUAUCGCUUUUGCUAACGGGAGGGGCGAUUAGCUGGAGCAAGUCACGCUCCGCAGUAAAUAACCACGCUUUUGAUUUUGUUCCCUCGCGCAACUCCAGAAUUCAACACCACGCUAUAUUUAUUUCCUCCCUCCAUUUUAUUAUUUUUAAGUUUAGUGCGCCCUGUGUGUAUUUCAACCCUUGUUGAUAGAUAAACGAAUCCGUGAGGUUUUCCUGACUAUAUAAUCAUCAUUCUUUUCAAGUUCAGGUGCCUGACACCGUCAUGUUUCCACGGAACACUUCAGUUUUCCUGGAGAUUCGUUUCGAGCGUCGCAGAUUCUGAGCAACACCCACGGUCGAUCUCCCCACUCAACGGCAAAAGACGUGCAGUUCUUCUGGGAGAAUCUUCCUGUGCGCAUCAAUAACACCUCGGGCGGGAAGUUGAAGACCUGUUCACACACGGUGGUUGCAUCCGCGCCGAUUCAUCAUUCAAAGGCAGUGACAGAGCAGCACAGGGGUGUAUACACAUUCAACCGCGCUGGCUGACCGCGCGGCAUCCGGGCAAGAUGUUUGGCAGCCGCUCUACUCCUCGCCGGCUUUUGGCAGCUCUUGGGUCAACGGCCCUGAUAGGACUUGUUCUUACUAUUCUUAUCACCAUGGCGCCUUCUGUUCAUGAUGAUCGGCAUGCCCGCAGUGUCUUCCUUGCCACAAUAAAUAAAACAACAGUUCCAGUCAGUGAUCAAGCUUUCAUCUAUGGAUGGCCAUAUGCCCUUAAAAUUAACGAGCCAGAAACUUGUGUAAACCAGGAUGUGUACUUGUUGAAUGCUGUCACUUCCAAUCCAUCACAAGUGUAUCACAGAGAACUUAUCCGAAAAAUGUGGGGAAGAAAGGACAUGGCCAGGAAUCUAAAAAUUAAGACUGUGUUCAUAAUGGGUGCCAUACCAUCCCAGAUAACACAAAAACAUUUAACUGAGGAAAGCAUUAAAUAUAGAGACAUCAUUCAGUUUGAUUUUGUAGAGACCAGAAAGAAUCUAACUAUUAAAUCUUUGGCAGCAGUGCAUUGGUUCAGAGCUUUCUGUCCAAGUGCUACAUGGGUCCUGAAGAGUGAUGUAGAUGCUUACAUUAAUUUUUGGGCUUUGAUUGAAGUCUUAAGGCCACUGAACAACACAAAGGAUGCUGUAUGUGCCAGAUCUUUAUCGAGGACAGUAUGCAGGGAAGUGACAAAAUGGGGUUGCUAUGAACAUUAUGUGGUUAGUCGUGACGAAUAUCCUAAUGAUGUUUAUCCGCCAUACUGUCAAGGGUAUUCUUACAUUUUACACAGAGACUUUGCUGACAAAAUGCUGGAACAGGAUCAGAAGAGAACUGAACCACCUUUUUGGCUAGAAGACGUGUAUGUUACUGGACUGUUAACUCGCCAUCUUAACCCAAGGUGGUUUGAUGUAAGGCGUCAGAGUGAAGUAAUACCAGAAAUCCUCCAGCCAGAAUACUACAAUGGAACAAUACUGUUUAUUCAUGACCUUGAUGGACAAAUAGGGCAAGGAGCAACUCUGUACAUAUGGAAUAAGACUUUAGAACACUAUAAUGUUACAACUCCGUUAUCAUAAAUUAGUUUUGUGAGUUAUACCUUCCCUAUCAUGGCUGAUCACUGCAAGCUACUUUAGGGAUUAUGUAUGAUAGUCCUUUUUAAUUAAGAGACAGGUAAAUAAA